AUGGCGUCUGCUGAAAGGCGUUGGUGCCUGUGCGAGUUAUUGAGGUUUUUUUAUUCAUUACUUUUGCCUGGGCUAUUCGUAUUUGGAACUUUGUGUGUGUGUUUACUUAUUGUCCUUUGGAGUCUCCGACUGCUGCUACAGAGAAAGAAAAAGUCAGCGUCAUCUAGCAAAACUGGGAAAAAUCAAACAGUGAUUGCAUUUUUCCAUCCAUACUGCGAUGCUGGCGGAGGCGGAGAAAGAGUGUUAUGGUGUGCCUUAAGGGCUCUACAGAAAAAGUAUCCAGAAGCACUUUAUGUUGUUUAUACUGGCGAUGCCAACGUCAGUGGCCAACAAAUACUGGAAGGUGCUUUCAGAAGAUUUAACAUCAGGUUAACUCGCCCAGUGAAGUUUGUUUUCUUAAGGAAGCGCUACCUUGUGGAAGAUUCACUCUAUCCUCAUUUCACACUGCUGGGCCAAAGUCUGGGAUCUAUUUUCCUGGGCUGGGAAGCUCUGAUGCAGUGUGUUCCUGAUGUUUACAUUGAUUCAAUGGGCUACGCAUUCACGCUUCCUCUGUUUAAGUAUCUAGGUGGUUGCCGAGUUGGAAGCUACGUUCAUUACCCCACCAUCAGCACAGACAUGCUCUCCGUCGUGAAGAAUCAGAAUGUGGGAUUUAACAACGCAGCCUUCAUUACCAGGAAUCCUUUUCUCAGCAAAGUAAAGCUCAUCUACUACUAUUUAUUUGCUUUUAUGUAUGGGCUUGUUGGUUCUUGCAGUGACAUCGUCAUGGUCAAUUCUUCUUGGACACUGAACCAUAUUCUCUCACUGUGGAAGGUUGGGAACUGCACUAAUAUUGUUUAUCCACCUUGUGAUGUACAGACAUUCUUGGAUCUUCCCUUACAUGAGGAGAAGGCAACCUCGGAACACUUACUGGUUUCGAUUGGCCAGUUCAGGCCUGAAAAGAACCAUCCUUUGCAGAUCAGAGCCUUUGCUAAAUUGUUGAAUAAGAAGGAGAGUGAACCUCUUCCUCCACUUAAACUUGUGCUCAUUGGAGGUUGUCGUAACCAAGAUGAUGAACUCAGGGUAAACCAACUGAGAAGGCUUGCUGAGGACCUCGGAGUUCAAGAAGACGUGGAAUUUAAAAUAAACAUUCCUUUUGAUGAGUUAAAGAAUUACUUGUCUGAAGCAACAAUUGGUCUGCAUACCAUGUGGAACGAGCAUUUUGGGAUUGGAAUUGUUGAGUGUAUGGCAGCCGGCAUGAUUGUCCUCGCACACAAUUCGGGGGGCCCGAAGCUUGACAUUGUUGUUCCUCACCACGGCGAGAGGACUGGAUUCCUGGCUGAAAGUGAAGAGGCCUAUGCUGAGACUAUGGCCCAUAUUCUUUCCAUGUCUGCAGAACAGAGGCUCCAAAUCAGAAACAGUGCCCGUGCGUCUGUAAGCAGAUUCUCCGAUCAGGAGUUUGCAGAGACAUUCCUAUCGUCUGUGGAACGAUUAUUCCAAAAAUGCCACACCUGUACAAAUUAA